AUGGCACCUGUACCAAACCCUCGCUACCUUUUCCUCGCCUCGCCUGCAGGUUGGCCAGAUCUCUCCAAAGACUUCCAAUACGACGAUUCUCGAACAAUUGAUCCCGACACAGUCGAGCUCAAUGGCGGUUUCAUCACAAAGACGCAAUUCCUCUCUGUGGAUCCAUACAUGCGAGGGCGUAUGAAUGCAGGAACAUUCAUGGCAUGGCAACCGGGUGAGCCAUGGACUGGAUUUGGCAUCUGUGAAGUGCUCCGAAGCGAAACUCCUGAAUUUCAGAAGGGUGAUACCAUCUACGGCCACCUCCCAUUUGAGCACUACACGGUGCAUUGCAUAGAGUCCGCACACGCCAACAUGUUCCGCGUCAUUAAGAAUACUGAAAAUAUCCCGCUAUCGGUCUAUCUCGGGGUUGCCGGGUUGCCUGGAAAGACGGGGUACUAUGGCCUGAAGGCAAUUGGAGAGCCAAAAGCGGGCGAGAGUAUCUACGUCUCCACAGCCGCAGGAGUCGUAGGGACGGUCGUAUGCCAGAUCGCGAAGGAAUGGGGCCUCCGCGUACUCGGGUCGACAGGAUCUGACGAGAAGGUCAAGUUCCUCCAGGAGGAUGUCGGGAUCGAUGCCUUUAAUUACAAGACAUCAUGUGUCGAUGAAGCGAUCAAAGAUUUCGGGGGGUUGGAUAUUUACUGGGAUAACGUUGGCGCCGAGAUGCUCGACACAGCCUUGAUCAACAUGAACCAUCGUGGUCGGAUCGUCAUCUGUGGACAUAUCGCAGAAUACAACGUCCCUGAUGAGAAGAAACGCGGGAUUAAGCACACCUGGGAGAUGGUCUACAAGGAGAUCAGAAUGCAAGGGUUGUACGUCUUCUCGUAUGAGGAGCAAUACGCCGAUGAGUUCUACGCGACCGUGCCAAAGAUGGUUGCGGAGGGCAAGCUGAAGUACACCGAAGACAUCACCGUCGGACUAGAGCAUGCCGGAGAACUCUUGAUGAGUGUGCUGAAGGGACAAAAUACCGGGAAAGCCAUUCUCCAGAUGUACCCGUAG